GCAGGGAACGGGGAUGGCGAUGGACGGGCUGGCCGCGCAGCAGCGGUUCCCCCAACAAGACGCGGUGUACAAGGCCAAAUUUAAGGAGCCGGAAGAGAGAGGAGCAAGUGAGUCACUUCUGUGCACAGAACAAUUGGCUUCAAAUGAAAAUCUCAUGAAUGAGGUUAGCGCUCAAAGCAGUAUUGGCUGCGUGGAUCACGCUGAGACCCUUGGUGAUCCACCUGGAAAGAUCCUGAAAAAAGAAGGGAGCCCUGAAGUUUCAAAGGAGGAAGAGGAAGAAGACGGAGAGUACUAUCUAGAACCCAAGCCGGAAUCCCAUCUUGCACCGCUGACGUCUUUAGAUUCUCAUCCGCUCGCUUUCUACCAACCUUCCAACCGAACAGCCAGUUUUAGUGACAUAAACACUGAGCCUCCAAUUUCCGAAACUGGACAUAACCAAGACUUCGUCCAUCUUUCCGAAUCAGAAGAAAAAAUAGACUUGGGCAACUUGAAUGUGACCGAAAAGGAGAUUAUAAAAAAGAAAGCCAAGAAGAUCUUUGCAAGGCCUUCCCAAAACGCUUCUUGUGUCGGGCUGGAAAACGAACAAAAUCCAGAUGUCAACCAGAACCUCAAUCCCACACGCAGGUCAGCCAGAUGUGCUACAGCAAGUAACGUCAGCCAGCCGCCUUUCAGGCACUGUUCAGCGCUGGUAUCCAAAGGCGACGCGGCUGGAAUUCAGGAUCGGGAAGAUUCCGAUUUGCUAGAAAUCGCCAAAAAACCUGUUCCGCCUCCUCGGAAGAAAACACGAACUUUCUACAACGCUAUACAGCUACAGGAACUGGAGAAAACAUUCCAAGAAGACCAUUAUCCUGACAACGAGAAGCGCCGAGAAAUUGCUGCUUCAGUUGGUGUGACACCCCAGCGCAUUAUGGUCUGGUUCCAGAAUCGCCGAGCAAAGUGGAGAAAAAUAGAAAAACUGAUGGUGAAAAACAAUAAGAAAUACUCCCUUGCUGCGCCAGCUUUACCAGUGGAUCCUCAUCGAAUGCCACAAGGCACAACUGUGUUGGCUAUGGCUCAGCUGUCUGACAUGGGAAACCAUCAACCUAACACCGUCACAAUGGAUACUGCAACUGUGAACUAUUCUGGACCCUCCAUCUCAUUGUCCACCUCAUCAGUCGCCUCGGUGACCGGCAAGAUGAGCUGUUAUGACUCCGUCCAGACCAAAGCCACCACCUCUCAGGGUUGCUUGGGAUCCCUCCGGGAAGAGCUCUUCCCUGCUAUUCCAAGCCCUCCACCCAUUCGCAGGACCAACCUUCCCUUCAACGUGGCCUUUAACCCCAAUCACCACAUCGUUCCGUUGAUGCUGGACGAUAGCCUGGCCAGCGAAUGCAGCCCUUCCAGCCAGGAGAGCAGCUCCAGUGACGCCCUCACCUACAGCGUCCAGAAUCAAAGCACCAGUUCUCCUGUGGACUGCAAUUACCCUGAACAACUGGAGCCUACAAUCAACUUUGAAGCUCCCUGUUUUCACCCAAAUAGCCAUCCUGCUCUGCAUCAGCACGGCCAGUAUUCCCAACACGAGAUGUCUCACUUCCCGAUCCAUCUUUCUGGCAACACCUUGCCCAGUGUCCGACUCACAACAGCUACACCCAGUAAGUCCACAACGUUUUUCUCGCUCCCUGGAAGUAACGGACUUGUGACCUAUGGAGCAGCCGAGUGUCCUCAAGGUUUCCUACAGAAUCACGUAGGAACUACUCACCUCCUACUACAGCCAUCCGCUGGGAGCUCAGGUUACCUCCCUGCUUUUCAAGCUUUCCCGUGGAAUGAGUUUUCCACACAAGGACCAUCCUUCACCCACUCCUUCUCCUCCCCGAUACCAUUUUCUGGCUUGGCAAUUGGGGGAGGCUCUGCCCAGCAGGCACCCUUUGCCCCAAACCAGACCCUGCCUGCCAGCUCCUGCCUCCUCCAGCUGCCAAAGGCCCCUGGGCCUGGUGCCACCUUGCUGUUUACCACCAAGCCACUGGUGCCAACGAAUCUGGAGCCCCCGUCUCAGCCACUGCCCAAGAUGCCGGCAGAAGAAGACUCCGAUCCUGGCGAUGGUCCUCAGGAGAUGGAGAGCGUGUCGCUGCCAGAUUUUUCCGAAGACAGCAAGACCGAACUCAACUUUUCUCCUCGUCGGGCCGGAGAUGAAAAAACAGCCUGAUUAUUGUUAAGCCGUUCUUGGCAAGAUCAACCAAAACAUGAUAUACUUUGAAUGUAAGCCUCUUGGAAAUCCCAACCAAAAGAAAAUGCCAGUACAAUCACUAGAAGGACUUGUUCUUAUUGUUGCUGCUAUUAUUAUUUAUUCUUCUUGUUGCACUUAUUAUCUGCUGAGAUAAAGAAGCGGUAAUAAAGCAAAUCUCAUUCUUUCCUUUA